UUAAUUUUUGAUAAUUCUUAUAUCAAUAACAAAAUUCCCCCCCGCACUAUCAAAAUAAUAACAAGUAAUUGAAGAAACAUAUGUAAAACCUAACCACAAUUUUGCCAUAACAAAAUUGAAAUACUUUGAAAUGUUGCCCACUUAUUUGAAGAAUAAACCUCCCCCUAAAUGUGUUCUCAUACAAGAUUCUGUUAAAGUGAAAGGAAAUAAUUUCCUGAAACACAUAAUAAACAAUCACAAGAAAUUCAAUGGAGUAGUGAAGCAGCUUUACUUAGAAUUUGAAUAUAACCGUAGCUUGAAUGAUGAUGGCUUAUUGAAGAAUGUGGAGAAACAUGAUUUUAUACAGGAAUGUGAAAAUCAAAGAACAGCAGAUGAUCAAAUUAAAGAAAUCUUGUCAUUAAUAAAUCAAGAGAGCUGUAUUGUGAUAAUAGAUUCUAUGGCUCACAUGAUCAUCAAUUUUGGUAAAGACAAAACUUACAGUCUGGUCCAUAAACUUAAACAGAGCAACAAGGUUGUUCAAGUAGUCAGCAUAUUGCACAUGGAUAUGUUCAAUGAGAAUGAUGGUAUCUUCAAAUACUUCAAUCAUCUGUCAACAUUGUCCAUGAAACUCUCACCAAUGUUCAUGUCUGAAUGGCCUAGGGUUAACUACACUUAUAAAAAAGUUGCUGGGAAAAUCAUAGAAGAAAAUGAACAAUUCAGUUUUGUGAAUGGUGAAUUGGUGACAAAGGCUAUUGAGAAAUUAGAUCCCAAAACGUUGGUGCAAACAGCGCCUGCUGUAAUUCCUGAAGCAUUAACUACAUUCAAGAUUAGUUUAAAUGAGAGUGAUAAGAAGUUGAGAGACAACUUUACCCUGCCUUAUCUACCAAAGGACGAAACUGUGAAACAAGAAGGUGGAGGCUUGAUCCAUUAUGAAUUUGAUGAUAUUGAUGACUGGGAUGAGGAAGAUCCUGAUGAUGAUCUGGACAUUUAAUUGUAAUAAAAAUAUAUAAUUAUAAUUUA